AUGACGCUGAUAGGAAAAAAUGAGGAAAGGUCGUCAGAUGACAAGGGCCUGGUGCAUCUCGAUGUUGCUACGACAUCUGCAGCGACAACGAUCGCAGAGAAACUCAAAGGAGCUGUCGACGCUGAGGUUUCCCCAUCGAAUCCGUUGACGCGUGAGCACUUUGGCUUCAUCAAAGUCAAUACCGUCGAGGAGAAAACAAUUCUCCUUGGUUUGUACCAGGGGCUCCUGAUUCACCUCCCCAACCCGCCAUGCACGGAGACCGUUCAAGGUUGGCAGGAGAAGACUAAGAUAGCUGGAGGCAUCUAUGAUUCACACCAGAGCCAGCAUGGACGCGGCUGGUACUUCAACUGGUGCAAGUACCACCAGCACUUCGUCGACCAGACGUACGUUGAUCCGCAUAACGUAAUGUAUUGUCCUUCAGUGGAAGAGCGUCCGGACUCAUCAUUAUCCUGGAAUAGCUAUGGCCAUCGAGUAUGA